AGUCGGAAUCAGCCCCAUGGGAAGUGUUCUCCCCACCUUGUCUCUGCAAGCCCCUCUCUCCCUGUGUCCCCUCCCAGUGGCUCCUGGAGGAAGAGUGUCUGAGAACACUGGUUGUCCACUCCUUUAGGACUUCUGCACCACCACCCCCUUGACACUUUUAGCAUAAGUCAGGCCUCAUAGGCUCAGUGCCUGUCUCCUAGACGGGCACCUGGACUAAGACUUUUCUACCUCCCUCAGGGCCUAGCACAUAGUAGGUUCAUAAUAAAUGUGAGAAGAAUGAAGUGUCUGAGCUAAAGAGGGAUGGCCACUCCCUGGCUCUAGGCACUGCAGUCAAGAUCCUGCCUCCCACAGCCCCACCUCCACAGACAAAUGGACCUGGAGUGCCAUCCAUCUCUAGUGUGGUCAGAAAAAAUGGGGAAACCAGAGGUAGAGGCACAGGCAUUCGAAUCCUGCUUUGCAAUAGCACCAGGUGGCUUUUGAGGCAGGCAGCCCCAAAUUUAAGGUCCUCAGGUUUUAAAUCUUGGCCCCACCACUUAUUAGUAGUUCAUAUAUUGGGAGCUAUUUGCUUCGCUCCUCUGAGCCUCAAUUUCGUUUUCUGUACAAUGGAGAGGAUGCUGGAAUGAGAAAAUGGAUGUGAAGCCCGGUGCCUGGCACUUAGUAAGUGCUCAGCAAGCAGUAGCUGGAUUAUCUGCACAUCUGUGUCCUCCGAGCCUCCCCCUCCCCAGCUCCGCGGCGGGGGCCGUCCCUGGCGGGGAGGGGAGGCGUCGCGUCCUCCCGGGGGCGCCGCCGAGUGCUCGGCGGCGGCUGGAUUGCUGGAUUGCGGGCGGGUGCGAGGCAGCAGACGCCGUGUUUACCAGCUUCGCUAGUUCGCCACCUCAGCCGCGGCUCUGGGGCCGAGCCAGUCGCCUCCUUCUUUAAGAUUCUGGUCACAGCAGGGGCUGGGUUUCUAAGGCAGGCGUGAUCUUUUCCUUCCUACAGACGCCGCUGCCGCUACCGUCGGCGCUGGGCACAGCCGGGGGCAGCACGAGCGGGAGACAGCGAGAGGGUUCCCGGGCCGGGCAGUCGCCCAGCCCCGGCCCCGGAGAGGGCCCCGACAUCAUGUGAUGCAGGAAGAGAGCGCAAAUGAUAUGGAAUGUGAGCAGCUGCCAGCAGAGAUACUUCGACAAGUGACCAUUCACCGAGACCCUAUAUAUGGCUUUGGCUUCGUGGCUGGCAGUGAGAAGCCUGUGGUGGUUCGAUCUGUGAGGCCAGGAGGCCCCUCUGAGGACAAGCUCCUGGCUGGUGACCAGAUUGUGGCUAUUAAUGAGGAGGACGUGAGUGAAGCCCCCAGGGAGAGGUUCAUAGAACUCAUCAGGAGCGCUAAGGAAUUCAUCGUUCUUACAGUUCUGCACACUCAUCAGUCCCCCAAAUCUGCCUUCAUCAGUGCUGCGAAGAAGGCCAAGCUGAGGUCCAAACCUGUGAAGGUUCGAUUUUCUGAGCAGGUGGCAGUUGGACAAACAGAUGCAAAAAUGAUGAAGAAGGAAGCUCUCCUCCUCAUCCCCAACGUCCUGAAGGUUUUCUUAGAAAAUGGGCAGAUCAAAUCAUUCACAUUUGAUGGCCGGACCACUGUUAAGGAUGUGAUGGUGACAUUACAGGACCGUCUUUCCCUGAGGUACAUUGAGCACUUUGCUCUUGUCCUUGAAUAUGCUGGGCCAGAACAGAAUCACAAGUUUCUGCUUCUCCAGGACAAGCAGCCCCUGGCUUAUGUGGUGCAGCGGACACACUAUCACGGAAUGAAAUGCCUCUUCCGAAUAAGCUUCUUUCCCAAAGACCCUGUGGAGCUCCUGCGUCGGGACCCCGCUGCUUUCGAGUACCUAUACAUCCAGAGUCGGAACGAUGUUAUCCGAGAACGCUUUGGAAUGGACCCCAAGCCAGAGAUGCUUCUGGGCCUUGCUGCCCUCCACAUCUAUAUCACUGUCUCAGCCACUCGACCUAGUCAGAAGAUCUCGCUGAAGAAUGUGGAGAAGGAGUGGGGCCUGGAACCCUUUCUUCCCCCCUCCCUCCUGCAGGGCAUCAAAGAGAAGAACCUCCGAAAAUCUCUCUCUCAGCAACUGAAAGCUCACCAAACACAUCCUUCCUGCGGCACCAAGGGCUCUGCAACUCAGGCAAAGCUCCAGUAUCUUCGAAUUCUGAAUGAACUUCCGACCUUCACUGGCGUUUUGUUCAACACUGUGGGCCUGGACGAGAAGCAGUCAGCCACCACUCUCCUGGUGGGACCCCGUCACGGCAUCAGCCAUGUUAUUGACCUCAAAACCAACCUCACCACUGUGCUGUCCGAGUUCAGCAAGAUCAGCAAGAUCCAGCUGUUCCGGGAGAACCAGGGCGUGGCCCGGGUGGAGACCAGCAUCAUGGAUGCCAAGCCUCUGGUGCUGUUGAUGGAGUGGCCCGAAGCCACCAACUUUGCCUGCCUGAUUGCGGGGUAUUGCCGCCUCCUGCUGGAUUCCAGGAAGAUGAUCUUUUCCAGGCCUGCCAGCCAGCCUCUUCCACCUCCAAUGAUAAAGGCAGAUUACAUGCACAGCGCCCACCGCCCUGUCACUGGGGGCCACCUGGGGAAAAAGGAGAGUAGUUAUGUGGGCAGCAUGGGCACCAGCCCCAGGAAGUCGAGCCGCUGCACGCCCCCGCCUGCCGACUCUGAGCUUGUCAGCUUCUGCUACCUCCACAUGCGGGAACAAAGGAAGGAGCAGGAAAGCCGGACAGAUGUCAAUGAGAACCUAAUCUUCUUUGAAGAGACCAGGCCCCGGACCAAGUCUGACCCCACAUCCAAAAGCUCUGGCCAAGGUUACGACGUGAUCCCUGAUGACUUUGAUGCAGCCAGCCUAGACCAUGAGCCUUGUGCCAGCAGGGCCCGGUCCUACACCUUGGACAAUACCCUUGGGGCUGAAGCCCUGAAUUUCUACUGUGACUCUUGCAAAGCCAAAUUCCAGGAGCAACAGGGCCCACGCAAAGGCGGAAGGCCUGGCUCCUCUCGUGACAAUAUUGUAGAUUUGAUGUCCCUCCCACCACCCGGGAGCGAGGAGGAGGAGGAGGAAGAAGAUGAGACAACUUCUCUGUUGCCUGCCAUUGCCGCCCCACCCCCUGGCUUCCGAGACAACAGCUCUGAUGAGGAUGACCCGAAGCGCCGGGCCGUCCAGAGUCAGGAGCAAGGACGCCACCUGCGUGGGCUCCUGUAUGAUGAGAUUCCAGUGACAUUGAUUGACAGUGUGCAGACCCGGACUGUCCGAGAUCAUGCUCAGGAGCUAGAUGAUGCCCUGGUGUCCACUCUGCAAGCUCUGGAAGCCCUGGCUGCAUCAGAGGAUGGACCACACCCCCCGCCCCCACAGACUGCAGGUCUGAUUGUGCUGGCCACGAUCACCCCUGAAUCAUCGCUGGACUCGGGCCAUGAAACCAACUCUUCUGAGCUCACAGACAUGUCGGAGAUGAUGUCGGCCAUGAAGCAGCACCAGAACACCACCUACUUCCUGGCCCAGCACCUCAACAAGGACAGCCUCCUUGCCCGCAAGGACCUGCCCUUCCGGAUCCAGAGCUGCGCAGCCCAGGCCGUUCUCACGGCCCCUUACUCUCUCGGGCGCCCGGAUCCCAACGCAUCUCUCCAGCCAGUCAUCACAAGCCAGAGUCCCGGCCCCCCAGGCGCGCGAAGGAAGCUGCCCCAGCCAGACAGCCAGGCACAGGGAGAGCGAUCAUACUCCCUGGCAGUGCACCCAGCACUGUCCCCACAGCUUAGUGAGCAGAAGAAUCUGAGCCUGCUGUCCCCAGUUCCUGAGGACAAAGGGCCUAGCCACACUAGGGCAGGCCUCGAGAUGUCACUGAGAGCGGCCACGCCAUCUCUCAGUGAAGAGCAGGUCUCUGAGCUGAGGGAGAACCUGCCUAAGGAAGUCAGGUUGAGCCCCAAGCUUAUCCUGGACUCAAAGGGCAGUGUGACCCCAGCCAUCAUCUCAGCCGCCCUACAGCAGGUGGUUCACAGUAAGAGUCUAGCCACCCCUGCUGGGGCUUUGGGGAACCCCCCCAGCAGAGGGGAGAGAAGGCUAGAGGCCAGCAUGGGGAGGCCAGAAGUUAGCAUGAUGAGCAGCAGUGCCAAUAAGAAUCUGAAGUUCAAAAUGAGCCCCGGUGCUCCAGAGACCUCACGGAAUUCCCAGCAGCAGCUCUGCCCAGAGGUUUCUUCCAGCCCCAGAGCGCUCACAGGCAGCCGGGCUGAUAGCCUGCACCUCUCCCCACAAGAAGACAGGCUGCCUGUUCAAAAUUUUCCUCCCAAAAGCUAUCAUUUGCGAGCAAGUCGAGAGUCAGUGGGCAAGCAAGCUACAGGAGAGGUGGCAGGCAAAGGUGGGCCAGAGGGUGCUAAGCCUACCCUGUACAAGCAGGGCACCAUCUCCAGCCAGGGAGAGAAGGUGCAGCUGGAGAGCACCCCCAAAAGCAGCAAGCUUGAAGAGACGAGCCUGGUCCCCAGAGCUGGCUACCCCAUGGUUCUGCAGAGCCCCAGCUGCCAGCCACGAAGCCACAGCCCCAGCUGCCAGCCGCGAAGCCACAGCCCCAGCUGCCAGCCCCUUGGCCACAGCCCCAGCAGCCAGUCCCGAGGCCAGAGCCCCAGUUGCCAGCCUCGAAGCCAGAGCCCACUGAGGCCCCAGGCCGUGAGCCGCCAGGUGAGCACCAUGCCCUCUAGGAAGCUUGAGACAACCCUAAAUGGCGCCCACUCGGCCUCUGAAGGCCCUGCAAAGCCCAAGUCAUCCCGGGGUCCUUUCCGGCUACGCAAUUUAUUCUCUGCCACCUUCCCAACCCGCCAGAAGAAGGAGACAGAUGAGCGGCAGGCCCAACUGCAGAAGGUAAAGCAGUAUGAGCUGGAGUUCCUCGAGGAACUUCUAAAGCCACCAAGCCAAGGAGACCUGCCAGGCACUGAGUACCUGCAACCUCCGGCACCUGGCCGCUGCAGCUGCCAGCUCCGCAGCAGCCCCGUGCAGCAGGGGCCUGGCAUGUCCCGCGAGCAGAGGCGCAGCUGCGACUGCAAGCGCAUCUGCCGUGGGGGCCGGCCCCAGGCCGCCCAGACACCAGUGCCCAGCGUCCAAGGGAGGGAAAGGGACAGGGUCCUCCCUACCCAGAGGCAGCCAGAGGCCGGCCCAGGCUUGAGCCUCAGCAGCCCCAGCAACAUGCAGCGCAUCCGUUCCACCAGCCUGGAAUCCCGAGAGUGCCGAUCAGACCCUGAGAGUGGUAUCUCGUGCCUGAGCACGUGUGCCUCGGGGGGCGAGUGUCUGGCAGCUCCCAACUACAGGAAACUGAUGCGCCGCUACAGCAUCAGUGAGCUGGAUCAGGGUGACAGGGCCUCACUGACCUCCGACAUCUACCCACACCCACCCCUGGGGAUGCUGCCCAGGGAGGCCAAGGAGGUAGAGGCAGGCCUCCCCCUAGGCUUGGGUUCUAAAAGCAAAUCUCUGGAGUCACCGACCCUGGGAAACCCCUCCUAUGUCCAGGUUGCCCCUGAGACCAAAGGCCCCAGACAGAUGGCCGUGUUCUCGCUGCCCGAGGAGGUGUACCGGAGGCCUGCUGAUCUGGACGAGGACAGUGAGACCAGCAAGUGCUGCUCCAUCCGCUACUGCUUCUACUACCGCAAGUGCGACAUUGCAGAUGACGCCAGUGAUGGCAAGGACGAACUCUCCUACUCUAUCCCCAUGAAGAUUCUGCCCGGCAUGAAGUUGGAUGAGCAGGUGGUGCCUGUGGUGAGCAGGACCCUGCAGGUGCUGGAUGCCGCCACCUGCAGCAGCAGCAGCCCCGAGGCGUCCCGCACUCAGGAGAUCGACCUUCGUGUGUCCACCUUCGAGGGGAGCCUGGCCAAGAUCAAUGCCCUGCGCGCCCAUGCCUACGGCCUCCCUGAUGGCUUCCUGGCUGCCCGGCUGGACACUAAUGAGCUCCUGACAGUCCUGCGGCAGUGUGUGGCCAGCCCCGAAGCCCGGGCCCCCAAGCCCUACGUCUCUCAGAUCUCCGAGUACAAACUUGAGCUAGCUCUCAAGUUCAAGGAGCUCCGGGCUUCCUGUCGCCGUGUGGCCAAUGUGGACAAGAGCCCGACUCACAUGCUGGCAGCCAUCACGGGCAGCUUCCAGGUGCUGAGCAGCCUCAUCGAGACCUUUGUGCGGCUGGUGUUCAUCGUGCGCUCCGAGGCGCAGCGCCAAGAGCUGCUGGCCAAGGUAGAAGAGGUGGUGAGGAACUACACCUUCCUGCUGCGCGCCGCUGAGGAGUCCACAGCCCGGAACCUUAACCAGCAGCAGCAGCAGCAGCAGCAACAGCAGCAGCAGCAGCAGCAGCAGCAGCAGCAGCAGCAGCAGGUGGCAGCAGCUACAGGGGCAGCCACAGGGCACCCACCAGGCUCCCCAACUUCGGCGACUGUUAUGAGCACAUUCACCCGCUCCUUAAAAACCUUUAUUAAGUAGGGCAUCUGCCCAGCCUGUCCCCCUUCCCCAACCACAGCCCCAGGUUUGAACUUUGUGGUCCUUGCAUCUCGUGGUGAGUGUGUGUGUGUGUGUGUGUGUGUGUGUGUGUGUGUGUGUGUGUUGUCUGUUGGGCCAGUCAGGGUCCAAGAGCCCAUCAGUCUCCAGGGAGUGAAAACUCCCUUGACUGAGGCUCUCUCUUAAGGGCUGCAGGCCUAGCUGCCGCCCUGGGUGUCUUCACCCCUUCUCUGGCCUCUGGGCCUCACUGUGAGGGCAAAGGCCCCUCGUCAGUCUGCCCACCGCAGAGCUGUUAUUUUAUCUCUUCUCCAGGACUGAGAGGUGACAUCAGGUUCACUUCCUGCUCUGAGCAGGGGGAGCCGGGGCCUGAAUCAAGCAGCCCCUUGGGCCUUGAGCUCCUCCUAGCAUCUGCCCCGCUCCCGGGAGCAGUAGCAGUAGCAGCAGGCCACAGCGCCGAGCUGAGGGGAAAGGGCACUCGGUCCAGAUGUGCCCGCCCACCCUGGGCUCACACUCACCUGGCAGGAGCCUCCCCCGAGGAUCUGUGCUCAUGCUAGGGUGGGAUGUCUGCAGAAAACAGCUGCGCUGAGCUGUUUGUGGCCAGCCCCACAGGCUGGCAGCCUGGGGAGCCCUCGGCCCCAGGUCCAGUAGCUCCACACCAGCCAUCCCCAAAGUGCCCUGCCCCUCGCUGAUGGGCAGGGCAGCUCAGUCCACUAGGGAACAAGUCUCUGGGAUCACCCCACUCGUUUGGGUAAGGUACCUGGUGAAAACGUCUGCCCUGGGGUGACCCAGCACAGGCCUAGGAGCCCGCCCCGCCCAGUCCUGCCCAGCGCAGGGGCUGUCGCUGCAGGCAUGAGGCUCCUCUCUCAACAUCUCUACCAGACAGACUGUCCUUAGGAGUUGACUUAG